AUGUCUUUUUUGAAGCUGAUCGUAAACCAGACUGAAUUGUUAAGACUUUUGAAGUGGAAAAGGUACAGAUUUAGUGAAGAUGUGGAUGAGGAGAGUUUAAAUUUUGCCCGGAGGGAUGAGCUGGACAGGACUCACAGAGAAGACAAAGAGGAGCCAGAUGGACUGUUAGCCCCCAAUAGUGUCCAGUGCCUAGAUGAUCUAGCUAUCAACCCACCUGUUCCAGCCCUGGAAAGUGCCGCCACUCAGAUCACCACCUGGGAGGCUGGCUGGAAUGUUACCAAUGCAAUCCAGGGCAUUUUUGUUUUAGGACUGCCGUAUGCUCUCCUACACAGUGGAUACCUCGGCUUGCUUCUUAUUAUCUUGGCUGCAAUUAUCUGCUGCUACACUGGUAAAAUACUCAUUGCCUGUCUGUAUGAGGAGAAUGAAGAAGGACUGCCUAUCCGGGUAAGAAAUACUUAUGAAGACAUUGCUAAUGCCUGCUGCAAGCAGCUGAUCCCCAGACUCGGUGGUAAAAUAGUCAACGUGGCCCAAGUGGUUGAACUGAUAAUGACUUGCAUCUUGUACCUGGUUGUAAGUGGAAAUCUUAUGUACCACAGUUUCCCAUACAUGCCACUCUCCCAGACAGCCUGGUCAGUGAUAGCAUUUGUCACACUGAUGCCCUGUAUGUUGAUUCGCAAUCUCCGUAUUGUCUCCAAGCUCAGCCUCCUUUGCUCCUUAGCGCAGUUCAUUAUCAGUUUCAUAGUGACUGCGUAUUGCUUGACCCAGAUACACAGAUGGUCCUGGAGGAGGAUAAAGUUCUCAAUAGAUUUUGAGAAGUUUCUUGUAUCUGUCGGGGUCAUCAUAUUCAGCUAUACCUCCCAAAUUUUUCUUCCCACCCUGGAGGGCAACAUGGAAAACCGGGGCAGUUUUGUGAACAUGAUGACCUGGACACACUUUUCCGCCUGCGUCUUUAAGACUGCCUUUGCUGUGCUUGCCUUCCUGACGUGGGGCGAAGAAACAAAAGAAGUAAUUACUGAUAACUUGCCUUCUACCCUUCGAACAGUGGUUAACCUGUGUUUGCUUGCAAAGGCCUUUUUGUCCUAUCCUUUGCCCUUUUAUGCAGCUGCUGAAAUCUUACAAGGCUGUAUUUUCCAGCGAGACUCAACACAUGCUACAGCGCAAUACAGGGCUGUGUUUCUGAGAGGCUGUAUUCUGUUGUUAACUUUCCUCAUGGCUAUGUACAUACCACACUUCUCCCUGUUGAUGGGGUUAACAGGCAGCAUGACAGGUGCAGCUAUGACCUUCCUUCUUCCUUCUAUUUUUCACCUGAAACUAAAAUGGAGGAAGCUGAAUUGCAAGGACAAGAUCCUUGACUUUUCCAUCUUGGUUUUGGGGACCCUGUGCAGUGUGUCUGGAGUAAUUUGUUCCAUUAAAGGGCUAAUUGAGGCUUUUGGAAACAGAUAA